CUUUUAUCUUCUCAAUUCUCAGUUACCACCUUCAUUCAUUUUCUACUCACAACUGAAAAUGGCUAAGAAUACUAUGAUGCGUGCUGUUCAGUACAACACCUAUGGCGGAGGUGCCGCUGCUUUGAAAGCCGAGAGGUCUAUCCACUCAUUUGCAGUGAAACGACUUAAUGAUAUGAAGGUGCAUAUUACUCCUGCAUGUGACAGUGCGUGCGGGCGUGUUGUUCAAAACUCCAAAAGGGAUAUGGAACUGAGAGGGUUCAUGGUACAGUUAUAACAUAUAUCUGCAAAUGUAUUUUCUGCAGCAUGUUGAACUUCAAGUUCCUUCUCCAAAACAAGAUGAAGUUUUACUAAAAAUGGAGGCAACUAGUAUAAAUCCAUUUGACUUGAGAAUACAGAAAGGGAUAGUGUGGCCAUUUUUGCCUCGCAAAUUCCCCCACAUACCUGGUAUUGAUGCAGCAGGAGAAGUCUUCGAGGUCGGAUCAGGAGUCAAGAAUUUCAAAGCUGGCGAUAAAGUUGUGGCCGUGCUUUUCAACAUAUGUGGAGGUGGACUGGCUGAAUUUGCUGUGGCGAAGGAGAAUUUGACAGUUUCAAGGCCCCCAGAGGUAACGGCUUUUCAAGGAGCAGCUUUACCAAUCGCUGGCCUCGCAGCUCACGAGUGUCUCCUCCGUACUCCCGGGUUCAACUACGAAAAAACCGGCCAGCAACUAAACCUCCUGAUUACUGCCGCAUCGGGCGGCGUAGGUCAAUACGCAGUUCAACUCGCAAAGCUUGGAAACGCACACGUGACAGCCACUUGUGGCGCACGUAAUCUUGAUUUAGUCAAGAGCCUCGGAGCAGACGAGGUUCUCGACUACAAGACCCCUGACGGGGCAGCUCUCAAAAGCCCUUCCGGCCGCAAAUACGACGCUGUAAUCCACUGCGCAACCGGCUUUCCUUGGUCCACUUUCAAGCCCAAUUUGAGCACAAACGGCAAAGUAUUCGACAUUACUCCUACUCCUAGUGUUUUCAUGACUUACGCUUUACAAAAGCUUACCUUUUCAAAGAAACAAUUAGUUCCAUUGCUUAUGACACCUAAGAAAGAGAAACUCGAUUUUCUUCUUAAUUUCGUGAAAGAAGGGAAGAUUAAAGCCGUAAUCGAUUCGAUACAUCCCUUAAGUAAGGCCGAAGAAGCAUGGGCUAAAAGCAUUGAUGGCCAUGCCACUGGUAAGAUCAUUGUGGAACCUUAAGUUUAUGAGAUCUCAUUUGAUUAUUUAAUACUGGUGGUUUCAAUGCAAUAAAAAUGAUGAAAUUUGAGUUUCAUCAUGUUGUAGAUGAUAGCUAUCUAUAAUUAGGAUUUGUAAAUUUUGUUUUAAUGCAAUAAUUUUGAUUUCUCUCUCUUAA